GUCCACCGUCUCUGCCUGCACGCAGCUUCUCCCUUUUCUCCGGCCGCCCUCCAUUGUGUGCUCACGGCUCCAUCCACAACGUACCACAUCCACCCUUCACAGGCCAUCAUGUCUUCGGCACUUAACAAGACGCGCAGAAAGAAGAAUGUCAAGAAGGGAAUCCAGUUCUGCCUGAUGGUUUGCGGCGCCUCGGGCACUGGCCGGACAACCUUUGUCAACACGCUUUGCGGCAAGCAGGUGCUGGGACACAAGGAGGUCGACGACCCGACAACGGCCCACGUCGAGGAGGGCGUCAAGAUCAAGCCCAUCACUGUCGAACUAGACGAGGAGGGGACCCGCAUCUCGCUCACCAUUGUCGACACACCCGGAUUCGGAGACCAGAUUGACAACGAGGCCAGUUUCUCAGAGAUUGUCGGAUACCUCGAGCGACAGUACGAUGGCAUUCUCGCAGAGGAAUCGCGUAUUAAGCGUAACCCGCGGUUCCGCGACGACCGUGUACACGUACUCCUCUACUUCAUCACGCCUACUGGCCAUGGUUUGCGUGAACUCGACAUCGAGCUCAUGAAACGCCUGUCUCCCCGCUGCAACGUCAUCCCCGUCAUCGGCAAGGCCGACUCACUUACACCCGCGGAGCUUGCCGAGUCAAAAAAGCUGGUCAUGGAGGACAUUGAGCACUACCGCAUCCCCGUGUACAACUUCCCUUACGAUGUCGAGGAAGACGACGAGGACACAGUCGAGGAGAAUGCCGAGCUCCGUGGCUUGAUGCCUUUUGCCAUUGUUGGUUCCGAGGACAUUGUCGAGGUCAACGGCCGACGGGUACGGGCACGACAGUACCCCUGGGGUAUUGUGGAGGUCGACAAUCCCCGCCACUCGGACUUUCUUGCUGUGCGAAGCGCGCUUCUUCACAGCCAUCUUGCUGAUCUCAAGGAGAUUACGCACGACUUCCUAUACGAAAACUACCGUACCGAGAAGCUCAGCAAGAGCGUCGAAGGCGGUGCUGCUGCCACUGAUUCGUCGAUGAACCCCGAAGACCUCGCUAGCCAGUCAGUGCGUCUGAAGGAGGAGCAGCUACGCCGUGAAGAGGAGAAGCUGCGCGAGAUCGAAGUCAAGGUGCAACGCGAGAUCAACGAGAAGCGACAGGAGCUCCUAGCACGCGAAAGCCAACUGAAGGAAAUCGAGGCGCGCAUGAACAGGGAACAGAGCGGCGCAGUGCAAGACGACGCCGAUGACGCCUAGGCCCGUCUGAGCAGCCAGUGGCAUAUGCAUUUGGGCCGUUGAGCCAGGUGUGGUCUUGGGCAGCAGCGGCCAGGGCGCUUGCACCGGAACCCAAGGAAGCGAAGCGACCAAAGAUGUGGUGAUGCAUCAUGGCAGCUGCUGGCGUUUGUAAUGGACGGUUGGUGCAUUGCCGACAUUGACGGAUAUACUGGAAUGUCGGGAUUUUAUUUCUUCUUACUCUCGGGGCCUUUUCAUCUUUUAACGGACAGUGUUAGCCUUUGGAUCUGGCCUGUGGCUGCACCGUCUCCCAGCACGACACACAGCUUCUCGUAUGUUUACUUAGCCUUUCGAUACUUAUUCC